AUGGUUGCCGAAAAACAAUCUGAGAAACCGACUAAGGUUGACAAAACCGAGAAGGUUGAAAAGAAGCCUCGCAAGCCUGAAACUUUGAGACGCAAGGAUGCUAUUCGUGCCCGAAAAAUCAAAAGUGAGGAGAAGAAAAAAGUCAUUAGACGCCUUAAAUAUCUUCGCCUUAAAAAGAUCUGCACCAAACGAGCCCAAAAGCAUCUUUUGGAGUACAAACGUACCGCAAAACGUGAGAUUGCCCUUGCACGCAACGCUGAAAAAGCCGGUAAUUUCUACGUUCCAGAAGAACCUCGACUGGCUUUCGUUGUGCGCAUCCGAGGUAUAAAUGGCAUUGCCCCCAAACCAAGAAAAACCCUUCAGCUUAUGCGUCUUCUUCAAAUCAAUAAUGGUGUUUUUGUUAAACUUAAUAAGGCUACGCUAAACAUGUUGCGACUCAUCGAUCCAUAUAUUGCAUGGGGAUACCCAUCACUUAAAACUGUUCGUCGCCUUAUUUACAAGCGUGGAUUUUGCAAGGUUCGUGGCCAGCGUCUGCCUCUUACUAAUGAACGCAUUCGUCACAAGUUGGGCCGCUACGGUAUUCUCUGUGUUGAAGAUCUUGUUCACGAAAUCUACACUGUUGGACCUAAUUUUAAAGCUGCGUCCUCUUUCCUGUGGCGCUUCAAGCUAAAUAAUCCCACUGGUGGUUUUCGCAAAAAAGGCAGGCACUUUGUCGAGGGAGGCGAUUUCGGUAAUCGUGAGAAUUACAUCAACAAGAUGUUAAAGACAAUGGUGUAA